AUGAUUUUCUUCCUUUUUUUUGGCUUCAUUUUGUUUCCUUUCUUCACUUUCUCAACCUUUUUGCAUUCAAUGUCUCACUUUGUUUCUCUCUCUUUUUUUUUCACAUUUUCUUCCUUUCUCAUUCUCUGCAUUCUCCUUCUCAUUUUCUUUUUUCCUCUUUUUUUUUCACAUUUUCUUCCUUUCUCAUUCUCUGCAUAUUUCUUCCUGCAUUCUCCUUCUCAUUUUCUUUUUUCCUCUUUUUUUUUUACAAUUUUCCUUGUUUUACGUUUUUUUUCAUUUUAUCCCUCCUGUUCAUCACUUGUCUUUCUUCAAUUUUUUUGCCUUUCUAUUUUCUUCUUGCAUCUUGUCUUUCCCUUUGUUCUCUUCUUUGUUCUUUCUUUUCUCUUUUUCUCUUUCCCCUCUCUCUUUAUCUUUACAGUCUUCAUUUCAUUACUUAAUUUCCUUUUCAUUUUUUCUGUUUUCAUUUGGUUUAAUUUUCUUUUCUUCUUUCUUAUUUUAUCAUUUUCUAUUCCUUCUUUUCUCCUUCUCCCUCUUUCUUCUUUCCUCUUUUUUCCUUCCCUCUCUUUUCCUUCAUUUCUCUUUCUUUCUUAUUUCUUUCUCUCUUUAAUCAUUUGUUCUCUUCCCUCAUUUUUUUCUUCUCCCUUUUGUCUUUCUACCCACUCCCAAUUUAUCUUUCUUCUUUUUCUUCUUUCAUCAAGUUUUCUUUUCUUUUAUUUCUGUCAAUCAUUUCUCUUUCUUUCUUGGCAAGAAUGUUUUUCUUCUUUUUUUCAUCUAUUUCUUUUCUUUUCUUUUUUUAAUGAUUUCUUUUCUUCUCUAGACUUUUUCUUUGUAUUUUUUCCCUUUGAAGCUCUAUUCUUCUUUUAUAUUGAAAGAUGCCUUCUUUUUUUCUACUUCUUGUUUCUUUUCGCUUUUCUUUCUUUUUCUCUUUAUAUUUUCUUUUCUCUUCGCUUUUCUUUUUUCUUUUCUUUUCUCUUUGUUUUUCUUUUUUCUCUUUAUCUUUUCUUAUCCCUUUGUUUUUUCCUCAUUUUUCUAUAUUCCUUUCUUUCUUAUUCUUCAUAUUUUUUCCACUUUUCUUCCAUAUCAACCUUUCAUUUUUCUUUAAUUCUUCUUGUGCCUCUUUCAUUCUUUUUCAACUUUUCUUUCUUCCAUGAUUUGUACCAAUUUCCUUUCUUUCCUCAUAAUUUUACAUCAGUUUCUUCCUUUUUAAAUUACUGCAACACUUUUUUAUCAUUCUUUUUCUUUCCAUCCAUUAGUUUCUUUUUUUUCAUUCUUUCAUUUCUUCACUUUUUCUUUUCUCUUUUCUUUUUCUUUCUUUUCCUGAAGCUGAUUAACUGCAAAAGAAUAUGUAGUAGCUAG